UUCACAUUUCCUAAGUGAUAUGACAGUUGCAUUUUAUAGAAAUAUUACGUGGAGGUUUGAGUCAAAUUGCGUACAAGCUUUAUUUGAGAUUACCAGAAAAUCAAAAUAACACACAAAAGAAUAGGAGAAAUGGCGAACUGACAAUAAAUGAGUAAUAAUAUCCCGACUUGUCCAUCUGACAGACACACUUCUGCAGAAGGUUCAGAAGAGGCAGUGGGGUAGUUCUGUGCCCUGUGGUGACGGUACCUACAUCCAUUCUGACUUCUGGUGUGACGGACAGUACUAUCACUGUGAAAACUUUGCCGAUGAACUCAGCUGUACCAGUACAGGUCAGAUGGUAGCAUGUGGAGAUGGGAACUAUGUGCCUGAGAGCCAGUGGUGUGACGGGCAGUACUAUCACUGCCCAAACUUUGCUGACGAACUGAGCUGCAGUAACACAGGAACCGGAACAGGUACCGGUACCGGCACUGGUGGUACAACAGGCUCCUCGGGCGAGUGCGGACGGCAGGCCAUCAGUCCCUCCACUAGUGGUAAGAUCCUGGGAGGUGCCCAGGCUACUGCCAACUCCUGGCCGUGGCAGGUUAGUCUGCGGCUCAUCCUGGCCAACGGGAUCCACUUCUGCGGCGGGUCACUCAUCUCUGAUCAGUGGGUUCUCACAGCGGCACAUUGUAUACACGAGUACGGCGCUCCCUCCUACUGGAAAAUCAAGCUCGGCCUACACCAGGUGGACGGUAGUGCCGAACAGGAGAGGAACGUCAUCAGGGUUAUCAAACACGAGCAGUACCGCCACACACCUCAUCCUUAUAACGACAUCGCCCUGCUGAAGCUCGACCGUCCCGUCACCAUGUCCCAGAAGGUCAACUCCAUCUGCCUGCCAACCAGCAUGACGCCAGACAACACCGACUGUUACGUGACGGGCUGGGGCGCUAUUGGGUACAACUCUCAAGGUACUGAGGUAAUGGCGACGGCGCUAAAGCAAGCCCGAGUACUCAUCAAGCCCAACAGCUACUGCAGCGCUGCCUGGCAGAGCAGCUACGACUCGUAUAACAUGGUCUGUGCCGGCUAUGACUCUCUGUCUCAGGGGGGAGACUCAUGCGUCGGAGAUUAUGGUGGUCCUCUGGCUUGUCCGUCCGCUGACCGGUCCAGUUGGGAAGUGACCGGUGUGGUCAGUUGGGGAGAUAACCCGUGUGGCGCCAACGACACCCCGACCCUCUAUACCAGGGUCUACAACUUCCUCGGCUGGAUCACCAACAAAAUGGCCACUAACUAAUUUCUUUUGUUAAUAGCCUUCUGUACAUGUUACGAAGGUCUGAAUAAACGUUACAUAAUGUUACUGCUCUUUUUCUUUCUAAGCAAUAGAUCUCCAAAUCCAUAACGUUCUUUGUUCGCAACCAAGGUAUGUACAAAACAACAACCGGCAUUUUAGUGGCUGUCUGUCACCUCCCUCUGGGCAAUGCUUUACGCUUGGACCGCAGGAUCAGCAGCUUUAACGAGCGACUAUCCCCCUACUCAGAGCAUCCCACUCCGCACCUAGCUAUAAUGUGGAAUAAAACCAAUCAGAAUUACCCUGAUGAGAAAGAUGACAGAUGGUCACCGAGACGUCGGCUGUUGUAUUGUACAUGUAUUAGUUGUGAAUAAAGAAUCUUGUUAUGUU